AUGGGCAAAAGAAAGUUGGAAGAAGCGAAGGCUAAAGACAAAGUCGAUGCACAAAGCGUCAGCGGCAGUUUUGGUGAUGAAGUUGAAGACGAACCGAAAGCAGUGAAAAAUGGAGCAAAUAAUAGUGAAAAUAGCGAGGACGACGAUGAAGAUGACGGAGAUGAUGACGAAGAAGAAGAGGAAGACAAAACUCCGAAACAUUCGCAUCCACCAAGCAAGAAACAGAAGAAAGCAUUAUCGGCACAAGAAGUUCAAGUUGCACGAGAAACGGCGGAACUUUUCAAGUCGAAUAUCUUUAAAUUACAAAUAGACGAGUUGGUAAAGGAAGUGAAGUUGAAGGACAGCCAUGUGACCAAGAUUGAGAAAGUCUUGCACCGAUUGCACGAUUUCAUAAAUAAAAUACCACCGAUCGAAAAUUUAACGUUGCAGCAAGCUGAAAACCACUUUAACUCGAAGAAGUUAGUCAUUCCAUUCCCAGACCCUAAGCCAACUAAGGUGAAUUAUACAUUUUCGUACUUGGCACCAGAAGAUGUGUCGUUAGUUGGAUCGUUUGGAUUAAAAACAGGAAUAAGUCAGGCCGACGGUAUGUCGAUUGAUAUUGCGUUGACAAUGCCAAGUGAAUUAUUUCAACCAAAAGACUAUUUAAACUAUAGAGCAUUAUACAAGAGAGCGUUCUAUUUGGCAUAUGUCGCUGACAACUUGAUUCCGUUGUCGAAAAAAAACAAUUUACCCAUUAAGAUCACCUACCAAUUUUUGAACGACGAUAUUUUGUGUCCUGUAUUGAAGUUGGAAAGUAUUAAGACCGAUAAUCAGGACGAUUUAAGUUUCCAUAAAACCAAGUUUACAAUCAAUAUAAUAGCAGGAUUCCCAUUUGGCGUAUUUGACGCUAAGAAAUUAUUACCGGAUAAGAACUGUAUAAGAGUACAAGCUGAAUCAAAAGACCUCCCACCAACACCUAUAUACAAUUCUUCUAUACUUUCACUGACUUCAUAUGAUUACUAUUUAAAAUUCUUGUACACUAGCAGGAAGUCAACUGAAGCAUUUAAGGAUGCUUGUAUAUUAGGAAGAUUAUGGUUGCAACAGAGAAACAUGGGGUCGGCUGUGAAUAAAGGUGGAUUUGGCCAUUUUGAAUUCGCUAUAUUGAUGAGCGCAUUAUUGAAUGGUGGUGGGGUUAAUGGUAAUAAGAUUUUGUUACAUGGAUUUUCGUCAUAUCAAUUAUUCAAAGGUACUAUAAAAUAUUUAGCUACGAUGGACUUAUCGACAGGAUAUCUUUCUUUUUCAAGUCAAAUUGGUGAAGAUGUUACCUCAAAGUACAAUCCUGAAGCUGGGUUUAAUGUUCCAACUAUAUUCGAUAAGAAUGUUAAAUUAAAUAUACUAUGGAAAAUGACUAAAUCAUCGUAUCAAACUUUGCAGGUUCAAGCAAUGGACACCCUUCACUUACUUAACGACGUGGUUAAGGAUAGAUUCGAUCCUAUUUUGUUACAAAAGACUUCUUUUGAUCAAAUGAAGUAUGACGUUGUUUUGAACUUAUCCAUUCCUGAUGAUUUGUACGAUGCAUUCGGCGCAUUGGAAAAAAUAUCAUUCAUUAGUUUUGAUAAUUUCUUGAAACACAAAUUGUACCUAAUUUUAAAGAAUGCCUUAGGGGAAAGAAUUUCGGACUUACACAUAAGAAACGAAAAAUUCAGUAAUAUUUUCCCGAUUAAUAAAAGAAAACCUUCGAAUAUUAACAAUAACUAUAUUAUUGGCCUUCAAUUGAAUCCAGAUGAAUGUGAAAAGUUGGUUAGUAAAGGACCAAAUAAUGAUGAUGAAGCAUUGGGCGUGAAGUUCAGGUCGUUUUGGGGUUCAAAAGCAUCUUUAAGAAGAUUCAAAGAUGGGACUAUUCAGCACUGUGUUGUUUGGACAGCAAAAGCGAACGAACCAAUUGUUUUGUCAAUUAUUAAAUAUUCGCUUGACUUGCAUUUACAUUCAGAUAUCUCGCAACACUUGGUUUUCGAAGCUUCUGGUUUCAAUAAUAGAUUACCUACUCCAUUAUUGCCAUCAGCAUCAAACCAGCUGAUUACAUCUUUGUCAAGUUUCACUAAUUUAAAGAACUCAUUCGAGGGCUUAUCAAAGAUUUUGAGUAAUCUUGAUUUACCACUUAAUAUCAAGGCGUUAUUGCCUGCGUCGACAAGCUUUAGAUACUCAUCUUUAUUGCAACCUGUUCCAUUUGCAUUAGCAAACCCUGAUUUCUGGAAUGAUGUUGUGUUACAGUUUGAAACAUCGACUAGAUGGCCCGAUGAAAUCAGUGCUUUGGAAAAUACGAAGACCGCCUUUUUAUUGAAAAUUCUUGAAAUAUUAAAUCAAGAAACCGCAUAUAAGUCGUUUAUAACCAGAGAUGAUUCAAUUCUGUUUAAUGAAUCGAUAAGCCUUUUGAAUAUUUUGACACCUGAAGGAUAUGGUUUCAGAAUAAGAGUGCUUACUGAAAGAGAUGAAGUCUUAUAUUUAAGAGCUGUUAAUAAUGCUGACAAACAAAAGGCUUUGUUACAAGAUGUGUACUUGGAAUUUAACCUGAAAUAUUUAGGUGUUGUCAAACACACAAGAACCGUGAGUACUUUAGCUCACCAUUUCCCAUUUUAUUCACCAACGGUAAGGUUAUUUAAACAGUGGUUAGAUUCACAAUUGUUAAUGCAUCAUUUUACAGAUGAACUUAUAGAGUUGAUUGCAUUGAAGCCUUUCGUUGAUCCUGCUCCUUAUUCUGUACCACACUCCGUAGGUAAUGGAUUUUUGCAGAUUUUGAAUUUCUUAUCCACCUGGAACUGGAAAGAAGAUUCCUUAAUAUUGGACUUGGCAAAAAGCUCUAAUGACGUGGAAGAAGAGUUGACAAUAAGAUUAAGUGAUAGAUUGUCCAUACAAGCACAUCAAGUAAUCGAACAAAAUUUCGAAAAGAUAAGAAAGACUGAUCCAUCGGGGAUCAGGACGCAGUUAUUCAUUGGCUCAAAGGAUGAUCCAUCUGGUAUUUUAUGGUCGAAUAAUUUGACUUUACCUAUAGCUAGUAGAUUAACAGGAUUAGCCCGUGUUGCUAUUCUGUUACUCAAGACCGAAGGAUUUUCGGAUUCAAAUAUUGACAUGCUUUUUACUCCUGCCUUAAAAGAUUAUGAUUUCGUUGUCAAAGUCAAAACCAACAAUUUGACUACUUCGUCAGGUAUUUUACCGUCAAAUACGUUCAAGAAUUUGGUAGGAACUGAAACUUCCUUUCCAGAUGAUGUCACUACUAAAUAUGAUUUAGUUCAAGCAUAUGUUGAUGAUCUUAACAGAAAGUUCGGUAACGUUAUUCUUUUUUCUACCAGAAAGUUUACUGGCUUAAAUGAAGAUGGGUCGAAUGUUAUUAGUGGGAUAUUUGUUCCAAACAGCAUAUCUAAGAAGAAAUUUAGAGCUAAUUUGGGAAUCAAUGUCAAGCCUGUUGAAGAUCAAAAAGAAGAUGUUAUUGUCAAUAAGGAUGCUAUUUUCAAUCAAAUUACAUUAUUAGGUGGUGAUUUAGUUCAGUCCAUCAAAAUUAAGAAAUAA